CACCACACCUUUCUCAACACUUCGGAGUACGACGACCAUAUUUCCUUUCUUUUGGAUUCUUGAAGUGAAAUAACCAAGAUGGGUUUCGCAAAUAUUUGGUAUUCUCAUCCACGUAAAUACGGCCAAGGCUCAAGAUGCUGUCGAUCCUGCUCUAACCGCCACGGUUUGAUCCGCAAAUAUGGCCUGAAUAUCUGCCGUCAGUGCUUCAGAGAGUAUGCCAAUGAUAUUGGCUUCAAGAAGCUCGACUAAAUUGAGAUAGAAUCUCAUUCGAUGACGAUUUCCCGCAUUUGGGUGUGUCAUCACAACCAUUUCACAUAUUAAUACAAGCAGUUUGCUGAUAUACAAAAGGCAAACUACGUGAAUUAAUAUGUGGGCAACAACAACAACAGCAGCAACAACAACAUCAUCUGAAAGUUUCAAUAAGAAGCAAUGGAGUUGAACCAAACUUUUUGUAAAUGAAACGAGUAAUAAUUUGAUGAACAUGUGUAACAUCUUAUUUGAGCUUUCCGAUGAAAAUAAAACAUAACAAGAUUAAAUA